UCAGAAGUGGUUGCUGACUUGAUUUUAAUAUAAAAAACUGAAAUAUUUUGGGGGCAGAAAAACGGCCUUAUCCGCCCUCGUCCUUUGUAAGUUGAAUAUAAUAAAUUUUUCAAAUAAGAGAAGGAAAACUUUUUACGUGAUAUUCUAACAAUCGAACCAAGAUUUUGUAAUGAUGAUAUUUCUUUGAUACCAUGCAGUUAUACUAGGCAUUGAAAUCUGUAUUUAUGCACUUUUGGAUUAUGACUAACUGUAGCUCUAAAUAGAAGAUCAGCUCGAUACUAAGUUUUUGCGUUUCAUAUACACAUUAACUAAACAUAUGAGUAGAUAUAUGUCACAAAAUAAUUAGUAUGCUAUCAUACAGAUGACGCAGGAUAAAUAGUCGUUAGUGAUUUGUUCAAAAUCAUUUUCAUGACUAAUGUUAUUAAAGUUUACAUUCAGAAUCUUGUGAAUACGUAUUAAAUGACAGUUGAUGUUAAUUUGAAAUUGUAUAAUCUCAUAGAACACUCCAAAAUCAAAAUUUUCAUGAAUUUUCUGUGAUAGCUAAAUGAUAAUAUUAAAUUUUUGCAUAUGACAUAUUCUUGUUUCUUUCUUUGUUAAGGAUAAAUUACUUGAUCCAUCAUCAGUUAGUCAUUUAUAUGCAAUAACACCAACAGUUGGAUGUUUAAUGACAGGCAUGGUUGCCGAUUCUCGAUGGCAAGUUCAAGGAGCUCGAUAUGAAGCAGCAUCAUGGAAAUAUAAGCAUGGUUAUAAUAUUCCAGUUGAUGCUAUAUGUCGUCGUAUUGCUGAUAUUUCACAAGUAUAUACUCAAGAAGCUGAAAUGAGACCACUUGGAUGUUCUAUGAUAUUAUUUGGCAUGGAUGAAGAAAAAGGUCCAAUGUUAUACAAAACUGAUCCAGCUGGUUAUUUUUGUGGAUUUCGUGCAACUAGUGCUGGUGUAAAACAAAUUGAAGCAAAUAAUUUCUUAGAAAAACGUAUUAAGAAAAAAUCUGAUUUAACCUAUGAUGAAGCUAUUGAAUUAGCCAUAUCAACAUUAGCAAAUGUUCUUUCAACUGAUUUAAAACCAAGUGAAAUCGAAAUUGGUGUUGUUACAAAAGACAAUUUUAAAUUUCGGUAAGUUUGUUUUUCUUAAUCAUUACUUAACUAAUCAACAUAUAAAUAUAUGGUAUGUUUUUGUGUUUACUUAGGGUAUACCAAAAGUUCGUGGCCCGACAUUUAAAAUUUUAUAAAACAGUAAAUAUUGAAUAUUUUAUUAUGGGAAUACAUAGUAUAACGUCUCGUCUUUAAUAAUCUAUAGAGAAGCUCUGUCUUGGAUUAAGUUCUAACAUCCUGCUAGAAUAAAGAUAUAGUACUUAUAGCCAAGAAAAGAUCCUGAAAAUAUAAAACCAGAAUACAAAAAGUAAGAGAUAUUCGCAGUUUUAUUUUAUUAAAUGCUCAAAAUAAUCACCAUUAUUUUCGAUACAAAGUUCCAUCCUCUCUAACAGUUUAUCGAAAGUCUUUUUAAACUCGUUUGUUUGAAUAUUCUUCACUAUAGUGGAAACCUCCUGAGCUAGCGAUUCUUCAUUUGUGUGAUCAACCAACUUGUUCUUGAUAUAAUCAUUUAGCCAAAAGUCACACGGUGCAAGAUCUGGUGAAUAUGGUGAAUGUGGAAUGAUUUCGAUACCUUCCUCUGUUAAAUACUCAACAACAUCUCGAUGAGCAUGAGAAGGACCAUUAUCGUGAAGCAUUUUAUAUUUUGUGCGUGAUGACUUUUCCUUUUUUCUUAUUUCAUUGAUAACAGGUAUAAGGCAGUUAUCGAUAUAGUAGUUAUGAUCGAUGGUCUUGCCUUUAUCUACUUUGUGUAUAAGAACAGGGCCAGUGGAUUUAAAGAAGAAGCAAAACAAUGUUUUAGGUUCAUAUCUAUUCCGACGAACAAUAGUCCUUGGUGGUUCAUUUUCACCAACCCAGGUAGACUUGCUUGACUUUCGACCAAUCUGUCUGUGAUAAAUCCACGUCUCAUCACCAGUGCUAAUAUCACAUAAUCGCCAUGUUCCGUUCCUAAAUUUCUCUAAAUUUUGACGGCAAAUUCGAACUCUUUCUUGUUUUUGUUCGUCAGUAAGUUGAUGAGCAACCCAACGAGACACACCUUUCUCAUCUUUAGAUGAUCAUGGAUAAUUCAUUCUAUUGUACCACGCGAUAGAUCAGUCUUAACAAUAAUAUCUUCAUAAGUUGAGUAGGGAUCAUCUUCGAUAACUUGUCGAACAUAUUCAAUAU